AAGCGGUGGCAUAUUCCAAGAUCCCCCAUAUAGUCCCAACAAUGCCCCAUGCCGCGACUUGGAUUCCACCCAUACUUGCUGCAAAAAUUGCAAGCAAUUCCCAUUCGACGGUCAUGAUAAUAUUUCCCAUUGAAAGUGGAGCUGCAGUUUUAAGUACAAGCCAGACAGCCUCCCAAUUUUUCAUUGCCACAGAACGCAAAAUUCCUUGGUUUUUCAUAAUUUUGUUGUUUCCGGUCGACCAGCAAAAAAGGGCACUUUGUGUCAGUCAUUAUUUCUCAUCGAUGCAAAACAACACGUAAUGUGACUUGAUUCAACGCCCCACUCCCACAGUAUUUGUUUACAUACAAUACAUAAUGCCGGAAGAAACAUACCUUUCCAAAAAUCAUCGAACCAUUUCAUUCGUUUCGCAACCAUGAGGUCAAUGAUGAGAAAUGCGAAUGUCAAACAAGUCCAAAUUACCUCCACCAUAACAAUGCUUUUUUGUCCAGCGGGAUUGGCUUUGACAUAAAGAAAGAAUCCGAGCACUCCCGCAAGAUUGUGAACCAUUUCCGAUUUCGUUCCAUAUCCAUAGUGAUCGCUAACUUCGAGGAGGCUGUGCAAAACUGUCGAAUACGAUUCAAUGUACGUUCCAACGAGCGAGACCAGGAAAUAUUUGUAACCUUCUUCGAUGACUUCUUCACCCAAGUCCGGCGCAAACCACCGGAGAGUUGGCUUGAGACAAGUGAUCCAAAGGAUUGCGUGUGGAAUAUACAAUAUCGUAUACUGCAAUGUUGUUUGUUUUUACAUGAUAGAAAAUUGAUAGAUCGCAAGACGGAAAUUAGAACAUACGAUGACAAGACCGAUAGAUUCGGUGGAGACAGUAAUGUUUAGAACGAAGAAGGAAGACUUACCAGUAUAAUGGAUAUUUGACAGUACUGUCCAGUCAAUUUGUAGGAACCCACUCCGAUCGACUGUCCACCAAGAGAUGAAACGGUCUCCAAAACGGCCCCAAUGAUAGUUUCCGUGAACGAUGUGGGAACCGUCACAAUAUAGAAAAUUGCCAGAGAGUCUACGCCAAGGACCUUCCCAAUCAAUGCAGUGUUGAAAACAUCACAGAUUCCAGAAACGAACGCCUCCAUCCAAAAUGGUUUGCACAAGCCCAUGAUCCGUUCCGUUUCUCUAUCGCACCGGACAACCUUCGCGGCUUCUUUGACAGACUGUUCUUGUUUGGAAGGCAGGACAUAUCGAUGAAUUUCUUCGUCGGUGAUGAUGUUGUCCUCCUCGUCGUCCCCAUUUUUCGAACGCUUGCGGUUUUCUCUGCUCGCAGGAGGCAGUCCGAGUCGCUUGCGUUUCUUGUUCGAUUUCCGAUGUAAUUUCAUUCGAAGUACCACCAGCAGGGUGACAAUUGCGCAAUAGGCAAGCGUACUUGCAAACAACAGAGGAUUGAAGGACUCGUAAGUUACGAAUUUAUACCUAUCGCCAUAAUUUUGGUUGUUGUUGUUGUUGUUGUUGUUGUUGUUGUUGUUGUUAUUGUUGUUGUUGUUGUUAUUGUUGUCGUUGCCCCCUCCCAGGAAACGCAGAUUUUGGGCAUCGCUGCUUUUGCUGCCGCUGACCAUGAUGGAAACGCGGUCGAUUAUGGUCCGAUGCGAUAAUGUGGCGUUAUUGUUUAUCUUGUGUUGUUCGCCGUCAACCAAGAGGUACAACGCCUCUCUAGCCUUUCACUGAGAUGGUUUGCGGUAUGAGCAACCGUGUCCUUAGUCCUUACCCGUGGUUCCUUUUCACAACGAAAAAACUGGCAAUAUCAUUGCUUAGGGUUGGUUUCCAACAUCGAUGAUCCGAUUCAAACAUAUGCCUGCUCAUGUACUCCUACUAAUUCAAGCAGAUUAUUCCGUUGACGCCGGAACUCCCAUGGGAUUUUAUCGAUGGCAUGCGCAUCAUUUGUUUGAUAAGUGCACUGAUUUAAAGUUUUGAAUCGCGCGGUGGCCCUCUGCCAGAGGUACAUUCAUGUGACAACGGUUGUGAGUCCUGGCUAGAAGAAGGCCGAUUAUCGAUUACUCAAAGUGCUGCUACCAGUACUUUACGGUGUACGGUACGAGUAGCCACUGCAUCCUGUUCAUGGGGGGAUUUUAUUGUUUUCUUAGAGUUAGGGAUAAGAUAAAUAAAAAAUAAAGUUUUUAACCCUGUGCUCAGAAUUCGCAGGGUCCUUCUGGUUGUGAAAAAAAACGGUUCGAGUCUUGCCAAAAACAGCCUCGAUAAUUUUGAUCUGUAUAAUUAGCCAAUCAGAUUAUCUUUUGGAUUGGAACUCCCUGUUCCAUUCACCGAUAGAAAUCAGUAGUACCAGUACGAGUACGCACUUAUCGUCCGUUCCAUCCGCUUACAUCAUCGUUUUUAUAUGGUGUGUGACACCCGGCUCUCGCGCAAUCUGAAGUGGUUUCCGAUAAGUCGCCGAACCGGAACGAAAACACACUUCGAACACCCGAGUGUUUUCGUCGCCCAAAGCUAGUGGAACACAAAGAAACCGAACACCAUGGCACCCCAAUCCGAGAAUGAGACCGGACCUGACCUUGAAAUCUCAGGAGGCGACAACGAUGCUAUUUCGGGAGGUGCACAGUUGAAGCGAAAGGAGAGUUCCAUUUUUGCCUCGAGAGAUGGGCACACCCUGGAAUUCGAUGAUAUUCUUCUGUCCACAAAGAGCAAGAAUCCCGAAAAAUCACCACCGAAAAAGAUCCUUAACGGUCUUUCUGGUAGCUUUCCCCCUAAGACACUGACGGCAAUCAUGGGUCCUUCGGGAAGCGGAAAGACAAGUCUCCUGAAAGUGCUAACGGGACGAAUGGGCGAUUCCUCCAAGCUCGAUCUGAGUGGGGGAAUCCGAUUGGACAGCAAGGCAGUCGACCCAACCAACAUUGCCAUUCGGAAGCAGAUCGCGUUCGUCGAACAAGACGUAACAAUCCCAGCGACGUGCACACCCCGGGAAGCCAUGACCUUUUCGGCGAGGCUCCGAUUGGACAAGAGCACUACCGACAAGGAAAUCGACGACGUUGUCAAUGAUAUCUUGGAAAAUCUGGGUUUGCAGCACUGCGCCGAUACUUUGAUCGGAGGCGGGCCGCUCAUGGCAGGCGGCCUGAGCGGGGGAGAAAAGAAACGCACCCAGUGCGGCGUUGAGUUGGUGACGAAUCCCGAAAUCGUGGUUCUCGACGAACCAACUUCCGGACUGGACUCCUACUCGGCCCAGAGUUUGAUGGACGUCCUUAAGAAAAUCGCCAACGCGGGUGCUACUGUUAUUGUGACCAUCCACCAGCCCCCUCCCCCAGUCGUGCGGAAAAUUGACAACUUGCUUCUGCUUCUGAAAGGACGUCUCUUGUACGAUGGAUGCAUGGGCCCUCCCUUGGAAGAAGAAUUUACAAAGAAGGGAUUCCCGAAACCCGAUGACUAUAACAUUGCCGAUUGGAUACUGGUAGGUUCUGGUUCGUUCUAGUCGAGCGCCGGUGCCAAGCUUUGAUUGAUGCACAGGCUUCUUGCCAUCACUCUUCUAUACUGCCUCACAUUGCCACCCCACGCUUGCAAUUUUUUCCGCUCUACUCUUUUCGUCAUGCACGCAUUGAACAUCACAGCAAGUCGCCCAAACCAAUUCAAUCGAGGAACUGACGGAGAAGGGUUUCUUUGGUGAUGAUCGCAAAAAGAACAGCGCAGAAAACGCCGAUGUGUCUAAGGAUUCCGCAGCUGCUGCGAAUAUGAAAGCAGCGCUGUCCGUGGAACGAGUAGGAUUUGUCACGCAAACGGUCCUUCUCUUUGACAGAGAAAUCAAGAACUUGAUCCGAGACAAGCUUUCUAUGGUCAUACGCAUCGGUAGCAAUGUGGUAUUUGGUCUCUUGUUCGGCGCGAUCUUCUACCAAGUAGGAGAAGCGUCGUAUGUGCUAUACCCGGAAGUUAUGGCAUCGUUCGGUGGUAAGUCUCUUUUCUGUUGACGGUCUCAGCGUCAUGCCGUCACAUCCCAUCUCAUUUUUCACCAAUCAAUUCCAUCUCAACUUUCUUCCAACGAUUCAUCAACGAUUUUUGUUUUCGCAACGUAGCGAUUUCAAACCUGUUGAUUUCUACCAUGUUUGGAGUUGCGCAAUCUUCCCUGAUGGAAUUCCCGAAAGACCGACCAGUCUUUUUGAGGGAAUAUUCCACCAAUCAUUACUCUGUCCUUCCUUACUUCCUGGCGAAAUUCACCCUGGAAUGUUUCACGGUCUUGCUGGUGGUGUUGGUGCAAUUGCUUGUGGCUUUCUUCUUGAUGGGAUUCCAGAUGAAUUUCUUUCCUUUCCUGGCCUUGAAUUUUAUGCUGGCGAUUGCCAGCACCAGUAUUGGAAUGUUCAUCGGAAGUUGCGUUGAAGACCCCGCUGUUGCUUUGGAAAUGAUCCCGGCCUUGAUUGUCCCGCAAUUGUUGUUUUCGGGAUUCUUCAUUCAGGUCAAUUUGAUCCCAGAAUUUCUGAGAUGGGCCCAGUAUCUAUGUUCGUUGACGUAUGCCGUCCGAUUGGCAACGCUGUACGAAUUUGGAGACUGCGAGACUGCGUCGUGCCAAGAUCUAUUAGAAAACAAUGGGGUUUACCAGCUGGAUUCUUACUGGUAUUGGAUUAUCUUGCUGGCGAUUGCGGGUGUCUUUCGAAUCACCUCGAUGGUCAUUCUCAAAAUGAAGGCGAGUUUCUAGAGGAGACUAUGUCUUUUGACGAAGACAAGCAUUGGUGCGAAAUAUCGUGGCAUUUUGUUUCACAAAAAACAUGGAGAGAUGUACAAUGCUUCAAAUUACAUGUUCCGUCCAAAGAAUUAUAGAAGUUUGUUUCAAUCGAUUGAUAUUACUUUUCGUAGUUGUCAAUACGUCCGCUUCGUACCUAUUUUGAUUAUAAAUAGAAUUUUCGAGU